CUGCGGUGCCACGUCUGGUUCCUGCGUCUCGACAUCCGGGAGCUUUAGCGCCCAGGAGCCGCAGCCGCCGCUUCACUUUUAAAUCCGUCCGCGGGGACCCCGCUGUCGGCUGCGAAACUUCACCCGUUCAUCCCGGCAAGGUCUGUGAGAGCCGGCAUGUGGGCCAGCCUCUUACUGCAGCUUCUGUGGGCCCAGCUUCUGGUGGCGCUGGUCCGCGGCUCCGAGCUCACCUUCGAAUUACCCGACAACGCCAAGCAGUGUUUCUACGAGGACAUCGUGCAGGGCACCAAGUGUACACUGGAGUUCCAGGUCAUUACUGGUGGUCAUUACGAUGUUGACUGUCGGCUCGAAGAUGCUGAUGGUGCAGUUUUGUACAAAGAGAUGAAGAAACAGUACGACAGUUUCACCUUCACAGCUGCUAAAAAUGGAACGUAUAAGUUCUGUUUCAGCAAUGAGUUUUCCACCUUCACACACAAAACUGUGUAUUUUGAUUUCCAGGUUGGGGAUGACCCUCCUUUAUUUCCCAAUGAAAACAGAGUCUCUGCAUUGACUCAGAUGGAGUCAGCUUGUGUCACAAUGCACGAAGCCAUGAAGUCUGUCAUCGAUUACCAAACUCAUUUCCGUCUCAGGGAAGCACAAGGUCGAAGUCGUGCUGAGGACCUCAACUCAAGGGUUGCUUUUUGGUCCAUAGGUGAAGCUCUUAUCUUGUUGGUUGUGAGUCUUGGCCAGGUGGUUCUCCUCAGGAGCUUCUUCUCAGACAAAAGAACCACUUCCACACGUGUAGGUUCAUAACAAGUAGCUGUGGCAUAAAGCCUAAGCAGUACCUGACAGUUUUCAGUUCAGUAUCUUGUGUGUUUGAAGAUUAAGUUCAAGAAAACUGUUAAGAUUAAAAUCCUUCUUGAGCUGAUUUUCUCAUCACUUUGGGUUAUUAAGCAGAUCAGAUAUUUGAAGAUAGAAUGUUAACAUUUUACAACAACUGGAUGUCACAACAGAUAUCUACACGAGCUAUGUCCACAAUGGGGGCAAAGCCAUUGAUAAUUUUUCUUUGUCACAUAAUUCCUAGUUCAUGCAUCUUUUGAAAUAUGUAAUCAGUGGCACAUCUCAGACUUUGUAAUAAAAUUGAAAAUUAGUUGUUUGACCUUAAGGUAUCAAAGCUAACUUAAAACCCAACUACCUUCACUUAUCACCAUUUGUCUGUUAGCAUCCAGAUGUUUUAAGAUCUUUCUUGAACAAGCAGCAGCAAUCAUAUUGAAUUGUCUCUUGUGCUUUUGAUUUGUUAAAGUGAUGUAACUAUAGAAUUACUAAAGCAGUUCUUAAGCAUACUGCUGUUUGCAUUGAGAAGCAAUUUUUGUACCUUUUCCAUUGCACGUGGUUGUGCGUAAAUGACAGUAUUUCAACAUAAAUCUAGUCAGGUUACAUCUUGUAAAUGUUUUUCCUACUUUAACAUGCCCUUUUAAAUUGACAUGGUUUACUAACAGUUAUGAUUACAGUGGAAUAGCCAUUUUAUAAGGUUGGUAAGGUUAGAAAAAUAUGCUUUUCAAGGCAAGAUGUUGUUUUAUAAUAAAGUUGUUUUUGUUUUGUGAAACUUUGUUUAUUUUGUGUGCAUUGGUAAUCUGAAAUAAUAAACAAGUGUUGAGUAAAUCAAGCCAAUAAGGAUUAAAAGAGGAGGAAUUUGGGAUUAUUGUAUGUGGCAGGGUGUAAAUUUCUUUCUGCUUAGAAAUGUAAAGGGGAUAACAAAUUAUCCAUAGCAUGUUUUCUCACUGAAUGAAAUUGAUUUUUUUAAAUAAAAAAAUCUAUAUAUUAUGUUUAGGGUCAAGUCUUUAUAGAUGCUUUCUUUAAAGAAAGAGAAGAACUUUUAAAAUUGUAAUCAAUCAGCAGAAUUCAAUGAUCAAGUGCAGGGUCAUGAUUAAUCUAUUAAAUGGGAGCUUCAAUUGGUUUUGUUGGCAUUUUAUGCUUAAGAAUUGUAGGUUAAAUGCUGCCCAAUUAAGAAUUUGAUUAUUUUUCUUCUGCCAUUUCCCUGUAUUUGACAUUAAUUGCCCACUUAAAUAAUCAGAAAUUUGGUUAUGCAUAGUUUGUUUUUUCCAGUACCCACACCACUGAGUAAAUUGUACACUAAUGGAUGUUUGUAUGCAAGCUUGCUUUUGGCAUAAAACCAAUUGUGAUAGUACAUCUGGGAAUUACAAGUCUGAUCAGUAAUAAUAGAAUAGUAACUAUUAAAAUGUGUACUUGGGAUAAGUUCUUGUGUUUAAAACUGUUUCAUUUAAUUAAAAAUGUUCAUGUUGCACUGUAAA